GCAUGGAAAUGGAAAAGAUGGACUCCUUAUUGCGCUGUGGCACAGUCGAGUGUGCGCUACUGUCAGCUUCCUAAAUGUAAAGUUAGUAAAGUGGGUAAACUGCAGACAGUAGACAUCUUCUUGUCGGUAUUAACGAGUAUCAGAUCAAGGGAGAUGGUUAUUGUAAUACUGCGCAUUAACGUCCAAAGGUUUCGAAGGAGACUAGGCCAAAAGAUUUCCCGGUAACUUCCCGGUAAAAUCAACAAAACUAUUGCAACUCUGUUGCACGCUAUUGCUGCGGCUUAUUAUUCUUUGCAGCAGUCGUAAAGUUAAAGCUUUUAUUGAUGUAUAGCCUAGCUGUCGCUGUUCUGUGGGAAUUCUCCCCAAAUUAGAUUUUAAAGGAAGGUAUUUUACGAGUUUGUUUACGCAAUUAAUUUGUAAAUUGUUUACGAGCAUUACAGUUUACCACUUAUUAUACUCAAAAUGUCACUUGAAGACUACGAAAGGCGUUACGCCUCGCUCAAUUCAGAUUCUGGGAGUGAAUCUGUCGCCAGUGGGCGAUCGACGUCAGUAUACAGUGGCGAGGAAGAAAAGUUACAUUACAUUCCAAUCCGGAUCCUUGGAAGAGGGGCAUUUGGCGAAGCAACCUUAUACAGACGAACAGAGGUAAGCAGGUCAAGCUCUAUUUCUAUCAUUCUUGGAGAGAUCCCAGGAAUAUGCUAGUGUGUGUCACUGCCACUGUUGUUGACGCACACACACACACACACACACUCACACACACACACACACACACACACACACACACACACACACACACACACACACACACACACACACACACACACACACACACACACACACACACACACAGACACACACACACACACACAGACAGACAGACAGACCUAUUAGGCCUGUGUAUUAGUGAUCUACAAUAGCUUCCCCUGCAUGCUGUGUGAAUCUCUCACCAAAUCUGGCCAGUAGCCUCUGAGACAGUCUACUUUGGUUUUCAUACCCCAGUGGGAAAUGCUUGCUUGAGAGCAAGAUUCAUUACAUUCCCAAGCCAUUUGACAAAACUGCUAUUAUCCCCAUAACUUUACACAACUAGAGCAAUGUGUAAGGACAUAGCAUGGUUUGUAUUUAUUUGACAACAGCAGGAAAACGACAACCUUUUGUAAAUGUUAAACCUUUUAGUUUACUUGCUGAAAUAAUACUUUGUUUGAUUAGAGCCUACAUCAUAUAUAGUCCAUUAUUAGGGAUAUACCCUAUUUUAGCUUAUGUUAUUAUUAUCUUAGUAUUAUCCUAUUACAUUUUGUAUUAGCAGUAGCACAAUAGAAAAAUAAAAGGAAUAUAAUUAAUAUUUGUUUAACUUUGAGGAGGCCAUUGCAGUAAAGUUGUGCUGCGUGAGGUCUCUCAGAGUGUUGUUUGAUUUAGCCUUCACAGUGAAAGUCUUUCGGAUCUCAUCCUGACCUUUCUCUGUCUGUUCCUUGUCUAUCAAUCUGCAGGACAACUCUCUGGUGGUGUGGAAGGAGGUGGACUUGAACUGCCUCUCAGAUAAAGAGCGUAAGGAUGUCACAAACGAGAUCAGCAUCCUCUCCAUCCUACAGCACAACAACAUCAUAGCCUACUUCAACCAUUUCAUGGACAAGGACACUCUGCUCAUUGAGCUUGAAUACUGUAAUGGUGAGAUAUGGCAGCAUCUUAUCACUUUUUGUGUAUUUGUAUGAAAAACUUUUGGGAUAUUAAAAAUGUGUUAUUAAGUGUCCUUUUUCAACAUAAUACUUUGUGUGAUGGGUUAAUGAUAUUGAUUUUGGCUCAACUGAAAUAUGAUUGCCCCAAUUGUAAUGGUCUGGCGGUUACAGUAACAAUAGGAAAAAACAACUGUCUUUUCAAUUUCAGGAGGAAAUCUUUAUGAUAAAAUCAACCAACAGAAGGGGAAACUCUUCACUGAGGAGGUAUGAAAAUGAAACCCAACAUGUUGUAAGAGUGUAUUGUACCUAAAGACACAUAAUGGCACUGACUUUGCCCUAGUUAGGAACAAUGGUGAACAUUCAACUUCAUCUUUUCCCAACCAGUUUUUAAUAUCUUAAAUGUCUUAAAUACUCCCAGGUUGUCAUAUGGUACCUGUACCAAGUCGCCUCUGCAGUGGCUCACAUUCAUAAGGCUGGUGUCCUGCACAGGUAAAUACCAGGGUUGGGUCCGGGCCUUACUCAUUUAUUGUGCUACGAGAUUAUUUGUAUUGUAUGUAAGCUGUGUUGGUUAUGAAUACACAAUUGUAUGAUCUGGUCACUAUUUUGUUUUCUGACCUAUUUUAUUCGUCUCUUGAAGGGAUAUCAAGACGCUGAAUAUCUUCCUAACUAAAACCAACCUGAUUAAGUUGGGUGAUUACGGGCUGGCGAAGAAGCUGGACUCACAGUUUGCCAUGGCUGAGACUGUAAGUUAUAUUGAAGUAUUAACCUGGAAAGCUGUGCUCUUCUGCUCUGUGUUACAUUGACCAAGCAGAUCUCAGUUACAUAGAGCUGCAGAAAACUAACUCUCAGCCAUUAUAGUUACUACAGAGCUUAUUAUAGAGCUAUUACAGAGUGUAUGCUGAUCAUAUUCAGUUAACAGAUUUGGUGGACAGACUGAACACUCAACCAAAUCAUGUCCAGAGAGCAGUGCUGUUGUUCUGUCCCUUUCUGGGUAUUGUCUACAUGUCUCUCCCUGAGUGUACCUAAGCCUGCUAUAGUUGUAGUCAGCUUCAUCCAUGGCUGUUCACUCUGCAACAGGGACAUUACUUCUGUGUGAUGGAGGCAGUCGUCAGAAGUGGCAGCAGCGAGUGUGCAGCUAAUUGUCUGCUGUGACCUUGAGCAGUGCUAUUCUUGUCUGAUGACGGCCCGUAUGGAUAGCUAGAGCGUAUGUCAUAGAGUAUAUUAUGAGGCUGUGCAUGUCUGCUGCUUUGAAUAUAAAUUGCUUUCAUUGCAAUACCCUUUUAGAAUCCAUGGGAAUAUGAAAUAUUGUGUCAGAACAGUUGAAUAUGUUUUACUGUGCAUAUUUUACAACCCGUAGUUUUUUUUAAAUCUUUGAUUAGGACUCACUCAUGCUAUUUUUAUUUGCAAGUGUUUUGUGCAUAUUCACAUUUAGUUUUGUGUAAGGUAUAGAUAACAUCUAAAUGGAAAUUGUGGGUACAGUUACUUUUUUGUGCAUUUUCCUUUAUGAAUUUAGUGUGUAGGAACCCCGUACUACAUGUCUCCUGAACUGUGCCAAGGUGUGAAGUACAACUUCAAAUCAGACAUCUGGGCUAUGGGCUGCGUUAUUUUUGAAGUCUUAACUCUCACCAGAACAUUUGAUGCUACGGUAUGUGGCCUGCUUAUCUUUUACCCCAUUGUCUAAUUGAUACACAUUUGCCUGCUAUUAUAAUUUUUUCUAAUGUUAAAAACAUGGCAUUGACUGAUUAUGCUCUGUUGAUGUCACUUAAAUGCAUUUCCGGUUGUCUUCUGCUUGUGUCCAUGUAGAAUCCGCUGAACCUGUGUGUGAAGAUAGUGCAGGGAAACUGGACCAUGGAGGUCAACUCUGAUGUCUAUUCCUCAGCGCUGAUCAAGCUGGUGUACGAAUGCUUAGAUCAGGUGAGUGACCCGUCAGCAACGUGUACAGCAUACUGUCAUUUCAGUCUUUCAUGGCGGUCAUCAUCAGUGCAAUAUAAUUUAGCAUCAGCCAAAGCAUACACUGUAUGUAGGGAAUCAGUUGAUGUAAGAUAUGACAACAGAUUCUCUAUAUGCAGAAAGAUGUGUGAUGGAUGGUAAUGUAAUGUAAGAUACAUUUAUUUGCAGGAUCCAGAAAAGAGACCCACAGCUGAUGAGAUUCUGGACCAGCCAAUCGUCUCCUGCCGCAGGCAGUGAGUCUGGUGAAGGGGGGAGAGAAUGUGGUGGGAUGUCUGAAAGAUAGAAAAUAUGGUGUGAUUGUUCAAAUAGGUGUAGAGACAUCAUCAAAACAGCUGUUUUCAUUGUGUAAACAACCUCUUUUUGUUUCAGGGAGCUUGAGGAUAGAGUUGCCUUGCUCAACUCAGCAAUGAAAAAACCAAAGUAUGUUCAACACAUUCUCACCUAAUCAUGUAAAUGUGGUAUUUGUACAAUUAUUUAAUUCAGUUAUUUUGUGACUUGUCCAUAGGUUGAGCACAGUGACUGAGAGCCCUGUUGCUGUAGUGACAACACGCUCUAGGGAGGUGUAUUUCUGGGGAGGGGGAAAGUUCACACCCCAGAAACUAGAUGCUUUUAAAGGAGGCAGCGGUGCCCAGCAUGUGUGUGCAGGGGAGACCCACUUUGCUGUGGUUACCGUGGAGAAAGAGCUGUACACUUGGGCUGUGAGUACCAUGCUGUUCCUUUAAGUCCAAGGCAGAAAAUACAUUUCAAGCACUUUAAAGUAGUUUUUGUUGAUUAAACAUGUGCUCUUUGUUGUCCUGCUUCCAUUUUAGAGUGUCCAAGGUGGGGCCAAGAUGGUGGGCCAGCUGGGCCAUGGGGACCAGGCCUCGUACCGGCAGCCACGCAAGGUGGAGAGGCUCCAGGGAAAGGCCAUCCGUCAGGUUGCAUGUGGAGCAGAUUUCACUGCCUGUGUCACUGGUGAGUGGUGUGUCUGUGUGGAGCGUUACUUCUGUGCCAGUAGAAUAGGAUGUUUACAAUGGGAGGGCUGUGUUGUUGUGUUUUUUUUUUUUUACAACACAUAAACAAUUCAGACAGCAAUUUGCAACCCUGUUCCAUACAAUAAAGAUGUGGUCUUGUUUGACAACAUGCUGUUGAUGUGUUUGGUUUCAGAUGAGGACCAGAUGUACAUGUUUGGUUCUGACUACUAUGGCUGUAUAGGAGUGGAGAACGAGCAGGGCAGGGAGGUCCUAGAGCCCGUGCUGUUGGAGUUCUUUGAGGAGCGGCCUGUCAGGCAGGUGUCUUGUGGGGACAACCAUGUGGUGGUGCUGACCCACAGUGGAGACAUCUACUCCUGGGGCUGCGGAGAGCAUGGUAUGUACCAGAGCAUCGAUACUGAGCUACACAGUAGUACUGCGUGUCUACCACCAUGCCUCUCUCAAGCUCCAUAUCCUAUCCGUUGUCCCCCCUUAUCUUGGCCAGUAGAUAAAGCUAUGAUGAUGCGGAACAUAAUUAAUUAAUGAAGUUAUUUUCCUCAGGGCGUCUUGGCCUGGACUGUGAGGAUGACUUUAACUCCCCCAUGCAAGUAAGAUCCUGCCCUUUAUUUUUCAGCAGAGAGCUUGAACACAUAUAAUAUAAAUCUGCUAAUGGGGAACGGGCCAAUGACGUCUCAAUUUUAUUGUCCAGACAAAUGAAUGGAAAUGUGUUUGAGUCCACCAUUUAAAUCAAUAGGAAGCAUAAUGUUGUGUAUCGUCUGGCAUUCACAGGUGGAGAUCCCCAAAGGAGCCAUUAUCUCAUCUGUGUCCUGUGGCCUUGAUGGAACCUUUUUCCUGACAGAGUCUGGCAAAGUCCUGGCCUGUGGGAACAAUGAUCUGAACAAGUUGGGUCUGAACCUGGGAGUCUCUGGCCUCAAAAACCUUCCUGGAGAGGUACAGCACCACAUUCCACAUACCAAGAUUCACACACAGGCUCUUCUCAUUGCUUUAAAAUAAGGAGUAACACAAGUAAUGGUGGAGAAUUUAAGUUUCCCUCCUUCUCCACUGUCAGGCCUACCAGGGGAUACCAUACACCACCACACUCACUCUGGUCAAGCAGCUGGCCAGAUAUAAGAUCCAAGUCAUUUCAGCUGGGAAGACCCACACUGCUGCCAUUGACGGUACAGCGACCAGACUCUCUCCUAUCUCUUUCUCUGAGCCUCCAAUUCAUAAAAAACAACAACAUUUUAGUCACUUAGAAGACUUACAGUUAGGGCAUUAAUCUUAAGAUAGCUACAGUGGGGAAAAAAAGUAUUUAGUCAGCCACCAAUUGUGCAAGUUCUCCCACUUAAAAAGAUGAGAGAGGCCUGUAAUUUUCAUCAUAGGUACACGUCAACUAUGACAGACAAAUUAAGAAAAAAAAAUCCAGAAAAUCACACUGUAGGAUUUUUUAUGAAUUUAUUUGCAGAUUAUGGUGGAAAAUAAGUAUUUGGUCACCUACAAACAAGCAAGAUUUCUGGCUCUCACAGACCUGUAACUUCUUCUUUAAGAGGCUCCUCUGUCCUCCACUCGUUACCUGUAUUAAUGGCACCUGUUUGAACUUGUUAUCAGUAUAAAAGACACCUGUCCACAACCUCAAACAGUCACACUCCAAACUCCACUAUGGCCAAGACCAAAGAGCUGUCAAAGGACACCAGAAACAAAAUUGUAGACCUGCACCAGGCUGGGAAGACUGAAUCUGCAAUAGGUGAGCAGCUUGGUUUGAAGAAAUCAACUGUGGGAGCAAUUAUUAGGAAAUGGAAGACAUACAAGUCCACUGAUAAUCUCCCUCGAUCUGGGGCUCCACGCAAGAUCUCACCCCGUGGGGUCAAAAUGAUCACAAGAACGGUGAGCAAAAAUCCCAGAACCACACAGGGGGACCUAGUGAAUGACCUGCAGAGAGCUGGGACCAAAGUAACAAAGCCUAUCAUCAGUAACACACUACGCCGCCAGGGACUCAAAUCCUGCAGUUCCAGACGUGUCCCCCUGCUUAAGCCAGUACAUGUCCAGGCCCGUCUGAAGUUUGCUAGAGUGCAUUUGGAUGAUCCAGAAGAGGAUUGGGAGAAUGUCAUAUGGUCAGAUGAAACCAAAAUAGAACUUUUUGGUAAAAACUCAACUCGUCGUGUUUGGAGGACAAAGAAUGCUGAGUUGCAUCCAAAGAACACCAUACCUACUGUGAAGCAUGGGGGUGUAAACAUCAUGCUUUGGGGCUGUUUUUCAGCGAAGGGACCAGGACCACUGAUCCGUGUAAAGGAAAGAAUGAAUGGGGCCAUGUAUCGUGAGAUUUUGAGUGAAAACCUCCUUCCAUCAGCAAGGGCAUUGAAGAUGAAACGUGGCUGGGUCUUUCAGCAUGACAAUGAUCCCAAACACACUGCCCGGGCAACGAAGGAGUGGCUUCGUAAGAAGCAUUUCAAGGUCCUGGAGUGGCCUAGCCAGUCUCCAGAUCUCAACCCCAUAGAAAAUCUUUGAGGGAGUUGAAAGUCCGUGUUGCCCAGCGACAGCCCCAAAACAUCACUGCUCUAGAGGAGAUCUGCAUGGAGGAAUGGGCCAAAAUAGUGUGUGAAAACCUUGUGAAGACUUACAGAAAACGUUUGACCUGUGUCAUUGCCAACAAAGGGAAUAUAACAAAGUAUUGAGAAACUUUUGUUAUUGACUAAAUACUUAUUUUCCACCAUAAUUUGCAAAUAAAAUCAUAAAAAAUCCUACAAUGUGAUUUUCUGGAAUUUUUUUUCUCAUUUUGUCUGUCAUAGUUGACGUGUACCUAUGAUGAAAAUUAAAGGCCUCUCUCAUCUUUUUAAGUGGGAGAACUUGCACAAUUGGUGGCUGACUAAAUACUUUUUUUCCCCACUGUAGGUGGGAAGUAUAUAGAUUUUUAUAUCAAAACAUGGUUCUGACUGAACUCUGACCUUGCAGAGCAUGGGCGGCUGAUGACCUUUGGGUGCAACAAGUACGGUCAGCUGGGUGUAAAGGACUUCAAGAAGCACCAGGGUGUCCAGCUGCUGUUGGGGUCUUUCGGGGGAAAGGUGGUCAGCAAAGUGUCUUGUGGAGAUGGCUUCACCAUCGCAGCCACGAAGGGUCAGAAACACAACUAAACUUGAACAUUCUCUGUUGCAGCAUGUUGUUGUCAUAUGCUGUUCAGUGUGUAUAUUCAGCUUAAGAGUUGUGGUGCUCAUUUUCUUUGUCGCUUUAUUCUGUUAGCUGGGAGUCCUCUGACCUACAUGAGUAGGACUCAAAAUAAUGGAGAAUACCGGUAGCACUUCAGGAACAGGAUUCCCUGUUUAGGUGCUGGAAGGAUAUUGGCUAAUUGUCUGUGGACCAAUAUAUUAUUUCUCUCUCAUCCUUUCAGACAAUCAGAUCUUUGCCUGGGGAAACGCAGGAAAUGGACGCCUGGGAAUGCCUGCAGACAAGGGCUUUGGCUCUGAGGUUUGCCCUGCUUUACCACGACCCAUUUUCGGCUCCCUCCACCAUGUGCCAGACCUCUCCUGCCGCGGCUGGCACACCAUUCUCAUCAUGGGUCAGCCACUAGCCACUUCCUUCUGUUCUAACACCAGCUAAUCAUUUGUUGAAAGAUACAGUUGAGAUUGAUUGAUUCUGUUCUCUGUUUACAGAAAAGGUUCUCAACUCUAAAACUAUCCGCUCAAACAGCAGUGGACUUUCAAUUGGCUGUGGUAAGUAAGAUAGCCAUGGUCUCUCUGGUUACUUUAUCAUUACAUUCACAAUCUGAACAUGUAGAUAGUUUUAGACCGGUGUGGUAAUGUACUGACCACAUGGUGUGUCCUGUUGUUUGUCGGUGCACACUAAGGGCUAGGCCAAGCCUCUACCACCACUGUGGAUCUGGAGAGUGAGCCAGGCUCAGAGACAGGGCUGCGUGAAGGGGGCCUGGGGGGCACUAAGGAGGCCGACACAGACGAGCGACGCAUCGAGACCUCCAUGAUGUCUCUGACGAACCAGACCGGCGACAGCUCCUGCCCCUUCUGGCUGCGCAAGGUUUGUAAUCAAAGCCACAAAGCAUAAUGAAAGCCAAAACAGAGAGGGUUAUGGCCACUGAAUGUUUGUGUCCCUCCCUGUCCAUCCUCCCUAACAGGAGCUACAGGAUGCAGAGUUCAUCCCGAUGCCAGAGGACUCCAGAGGCUCCAUGCCUGGCCCACUGGCUCCUUCUUUCCCCGAGAGCGUCACACUGCCCUAUGAGGAGCUACAGGAGCUGAAGGCUGCAGCCGCUGCUGCCGCCACUGAGAAAGAGCUCCCGGUAAUGACCACCGCCUGUCUGUAUGCUCGACACCUGACUACAUCCCCAUGCUAAUGCCUCAACCUAACCAAGUGUUGUUUCUUUAGACUGCUCGUAUGGGCUGUGACAGGGUCAACGGGUUUGAGGAGGCAGGAGCCUGUAAGAAAGGGGAGGCGCCAACUUGCUGCAGAGCAAGCAGUGAGGUAGCACAGGUAUGUGCAAAAUAACCCCUUACACACAUUGUAUCAGCAUAAGCCUGCACCAGACAGUAGUCUGUGAACAUAUCACAGCUGCUCGUGUUUGUUCUGUGUUUCUCUGUAGUUGUUGCCAUUUUCUUUUACAGUUGCGAGAGACCGUCAAUCGUCAGGAGGCAACCAUCCAGUUGUUACAGAAGCAGGUAAGCGUUACUCACUACAGACUGUCUAGCACCUGUAGUGAUCCCUGUGAGCAAAGUUGUGUAGUAACACUGAGUCGAGUCCCUAUUCUGUAAAACCGCUCAACCCCAUUGCUAUGCAGACAGAUAAGUGUUAUCAAGUGUUGUUCUCUAUGAUAACAGUUCAGUGACCAGCUCAAAGAGAAUGAGAGACUCUGGACAGCAAUCAACCGUCUGACACUGCGACAGGCAGGAACUGAAAAUAACUGCAACCACCAAUCUGGUCACAGGCCUGUGGAGGGACAGGGAGGAGCCUCCAACUAUGACGGGGACAGAUCUGAUGGGGCAAAUCCGUGAGAAAAAAACCUGCGUCUGUCCUAUACUAUGUGCAAUGAGUGGUGGUGGCUCUAUGCAAUUAAGUCCAUCAAACAGGGUCCAUCAAACAGGUCCUGUAGAUGGAGUGGCUAGGCCAUAUUGAGAGGAGGAAUAUGUUAGCAAGACAGUUCCAUUGGUGAAUGGCAGGGAGAAGGAGGUUUAAGAAAUGACAAAAGGGAUGAGUAGUCUGAGAGUCAGUUGUGUUCUCCUUAACUAGGACAGCUAGCUGAUAAAUGGAUGCCCACUGACCUCAUCCACUUGCAAGAGAGGUCUCGCUUCUUUUCACAUUGUGUUACAUCAUAUUUCUUAGAUAUAAUCCAAUCUGCAUGAUUACGUUGUAUAAAUAUACAUGAGAGAUACCCUGUGUGGACACUUCCAUGUUGUAAGCUAUAAUUAGCUGAUGGUGUCAGGAAUAGGCCUACAGCAACUGAUCUGCAGUGACCUGGACACAGACAGAUUGAAAUGUUGGCUUGAUUCAACAUUAAGCAACCAACUUCUUGCAGUGUUAUGUAGGCUAAUGUGAAAUAUGAGUAAAUACUUUGGUAGUAAUGAUAAUGUUGUCACUGAUUGACUACUGUCAACUGAGGUUUAGGAUUGUGUUGUUUUGUCCCACAUUUUAAUUGAUGAUCACAAGUGGGCACAGCUUACUGUAGAGAGAAGAACGUUUGGUGUUCUUCCAUUGUUUUUGAGAUAUAUAUCCUCUUGCAGUUAUUUCUUGUGGUUAUUAAAACCAAUGUGAAUUUAAAGUACUGCUUUAUUUGCUCAUUCCUCUGGAAAGCCCUGAGCCCUAUUUUUGAUAACCUACCAAUGUUCUUCAUAUGUGAUGCUGUUCUAAACUAAAUACUAAAUACUAACUAAAAGGUAUACCAAAUAUAGUAUAUUUGAUAUAAAAUUUACCAAAGACGUAUUUCGUUUUAACAUUUAAGUAUUUGCAAUGUUGUGUCUUUCAUGAACAGCUUGCUAUACUGUAUUUGGAAAAAUGGCAUGUGAAAUGUGAGGUUCACUUUUCAAACUACUGAUUAAAUAUAGACAAUCACUUGUCUUUUUAUUGCCUUAAGAUGAUAACCUUGAACUAGUAUUUAAGUGGAGGAAAUUAACCAUAAAAUUACAAUCUUCCUUCUAUAAUAUUUCAUAUCAUGAGCACAGUUCACGUCCUAGAAUUUUAGAAAAGCUUGUUUUCGUAAACUUCAUGGUAAUACUGAAUGUUUUUUUUCUAUUACAUUUUUCCUGUUUUGAGUAUUCAUUGAAUCAUUAUUUUUACACUAGUUGUGAAAAGUGUAAUAUUCACAUUUUGUGUAUUUCUUUACUCUGGGUGGUGUGUGUAUGUAUGUUUUUAAGUGUCCUUUACCAACGGCUUAUAAGCUUGCAACUCUUUUGGUUAGUGUGCAGUCAAUUGAUACAGUACAACACUGGUGGAAUUUUCUUUGUCGAUGCAAGAGAAAAAUAUAUCCCUAUUCCCUAGUGCAUACUCUUUAAACCAAAGAUUGUGUUGUGAUGAAUUGUGCACAAAAUAUAAAAGAAAAUGUGCGUUGAGAAUAAGAUAUGCUUUUUAUAUAGUUUGUUUGAUGUUGAUAUUAUGCCUGUACUGUGUCUAUUUUUGCAAUCUAUUUUUUCAAUGGCUUAGCUGACCCUAUGCAAUUGAGUGGGUGUAUGAUGUUAAAGUGGUCUAACUUUCCACCAUUCACAGAGGCACCUUUGUUUUAUGCUUCAUGUAAAAAUUAAAAAUACAAACC